GAUUGAAUUUUUCGUGAUGUGUGCAUAACCUAUAUCAUAGACCUACAAAAAUAUUGACCUAUUGUAUAUAAAAAAUAUAGAUAAGUGAUAAUAAGAAUAAUUAACAGGUAAAACAUGGUUGAUUUAAAGAAAGACUUGGACGAAUAUUUGCUAUUACAUAGUGACCAAAAAAAGUCUUUUAAUUUGCAAAUGCCGUCAAUUGAAGCACCAAGUAUAACUAGGUGGUUUAAGAAAGAAUCUUUACAACAGGAAGACCAUACUUGGUGUCAAAGGAUUACCAAUCAGUGUUUUCCCACUUUGAGUAGAUUUCAACGAAUAGUUUUCUUUGCAGUGUGCAUUGGACUUGGAUUUUUAUGUUUUUUGAUGUCCUCAAUAUAUAUUCCUGUACUUGUGUUUAAAGCUAGAAAAUUUGCAUUGUUAUUUACCCUAGGGAGCAUAUUUUUUGUUUUAGGAUUCUUUUUCCUAUGGGGUCCGCUUGCAUUUAUAAGAUACAUGUUUGCAAGAGAAAGACUACUAGUAACCGUAACUUAUGGAGGAAGUUUAGCCGCCACUUUAUUCUGCGCUCUACAUCUUCAGAAUUUACCAUUUACAAUUCUUUUUGCUGUGUUACAAAUAGUUUCACUUCUUUGGAGUUUAAUAGCGAUUAUACCUGGUGGAACAAGUGGACUUUCUUUUACUAAAAAAGUAUUAUGUCGUUCAUCUAUGAGCAGCUUGCCAAUUUAAAUAUACAAUGAGUGCGGUAAUAACCGGCAAAAUAACAGAAGAGACGGAAAACAUAAUACGCUGUGGAAUAAAAAGAGAUAAAACUAGUAGAGAUGGGAAAUUAUCAAUGGAAACCUAUAAACUUACAUUAUAUUGAUAGUUUCACACCUUUAGACGUAUCAGUGUUAAACUGUCAUAGGAUAAUUUUGUAAAAUUUUAUAAAUUUUAUAAAAUUCCCCUGUCAUAGUGGCAGUUGCCAAACUCCUCCGAUACGUCCAAAGGUGUGAAACUAUCAAUAUAAUGUAAAUUUAUAGGUUUCUAUUAAUAAUUUUCCGCCUCUACUAGUUUCAUCUCUUUUUAUUUCACAAAGUAUUAUGUUUUCUGUCUUUUGCGUUAUUUUGCCGGUUCUUAGUGCACUCAUCACUGUAUUAUAUGUAUAUGUAUAUAUUUGACUGUAAAAAAUAGACAUAGCUAUUAAUAAGUA